AUGGCUAAAGACAACGAGGCCGUCUCUGCUCCAGGUGUAGAAGAUAUUGUCGACUGGGAUGGCCCUGAAGAUGCGCAGAAUCCUCACAACUGGCCUGCUGGCAAGCGAUGGGCCCAUGUGAUAAUGGUGGCCCUGAUCUCUCUUGUGAUGAACAUGGCCCCAACCAUGUGCGCCCCCGGCAUCAACCAAGUGCUCAGUACUUUCCAUUGUUCCUCCUCCACCGUGGCCACCCUGGCUGUCACCCUCUACGUCCUGGGCCUGGCCAUGGGCCCCAUGUUGGUCUCCUCCCUCAGUGAGGUCUUUGGCCGGGUCCCCAUCUACCACCUCGCCAAUCUCUUCUUCGUGGCGUUUGUGGUCGGCAAUGCCCUCAGUCGCAACCUGGUCACCUUUAUGAUCUGUCGCUUCCUCUCCGGCUGUGCUGGAGGCACCCCAAUGGCUCUCGGCGGGGGGACUAUCGCCGACGUCACUGGCAUCCAGCAACGCGCCCUGGCCAUGUCGCUGUACAGCUUGGGUCCCAUGGCUGGGCCGGUCCUGGGUCCGGUUAUUGGUGGCUUCGUCGCCGCAGGCCUUGGCUGGCGAUGGACCUUCUGGCUUCUCGCCAUCCUCGGCGGCGCAGUGGGCAUUGCAGCUCUGGUGGUGAUGCGAGAAACCCAUCCCAAGGUCUUGCUGGAGAGGAAGGCAGCCCGUCUUCGGGUAGAGACCGGUAAAUCUACCCUGCAGUCCAAGAUGGCCGAUCACCGCCCCCUACAGCAAGCGCUGCUGCUGGCUCUGGUGCGUCCUACAACACUGCUGUUCCGCUCUCCCAUCCUAUUGAUCAUCUCCAUCUACAUGGCCCUGAUCUUUGGUCUGAUGUACCUCCUCUUCACCACCUUUACCGAUGUCUUUGAAACGCAGUACGGCUUCUCCACCGCGACAUCGGGACUGGUCUACUUGGGGCUGGGAGUGUCGCUGGUCAGCUGCAUGUUUAUUGCUAAACCUCUGGGCGAUAGGAUGACAGCUGCCCGCAAGAAAGCCGCCGGUAGCGAUCAACAUCGCCCGGAGUACCGGUUGCUGCCGAUGAUCUAUUUCUGCCCCUGUGUGGCGGCUGGCCUGUUGAUCUAUGGCUGGACCACCUACUACAAGGUGCACUGGAUCGUGCCGAUUAUCGGCACCACAGUCAUCGGCUUUGGAUCUUUCUUCGUCAUGAUGCCGGCGCAACUCUAUCUGAUCGACCUGUUCGGGUCUGGGGCAUCUGCCUCGGCGCUGGCGGCCAACAACGUCUUGCGGUUCAUCUGCAGCACCUUUUUGCCGUUGGCCGGGCCUGCCAUGUAUCAGACACUAGGAUAUGGAUGGGGAAACACCUUGCUGGCUUUCCUCGCCCUGGCCUUUCUUCCUGCCCCAGUCUUGUUCUACAGAUAUGGGGCGUGGCUUCAUGCCAAGACGGCAGGUCACAUUUGA